CACAAACCCACUGUAGCAACCGAUAUCUGUCGCUACAACAACCAGCCAUGGCCCCGACAAACAAGAAGGUCGGAAAGAAGGGCGCCGCUGCCCCCGCCAAGCCCGCCGCGGCCGCUGCAGGCAAGAAGAAGGCCCCCGCCGCCAAGCCGGCUCCUGUCCCAGCACCCACCGCCGACGAGGUCGAGGAGGACGAGGACGAGGAUGACGAGGAGGAGUCCGAGGAUGACGAGGAUGAGGACGAGGAGAACGGUGGCGUCAGCGAGAAGGGCAUGAAGCGGUUGUUGGAGCUCGUCGGCCCCGAGGACCUGGACGAGUUCGAGAUUGCUCGCCUGGGCAGCGACGAGGACGAGGAGGACGACGAUGAGGAGGAUGACGAUGAGGAGGGCGAGGAGGACGACGAGGAGAUUGAGGAGGAUGACGAGGAGGAGGAAGAGGAGGACAACACCAUUGUCAUUGCCGAGGCCGACGCAGACGCCGUUGCCGUCGACGAGCUUGGAUCCGACGUCUCAGUAGACGAGGACGCGGUGCCUAUGCGCAAGCUCACCACGAGCAACAAGCCCGCGAUGCGUGUCCUCACCGAGGGCAUCAAGAUCACCAACACCCCCUGGCCGGAGCACCUGAUCUCUCAGUCGUCGACCAUCCUCGACGUCGACCCCUCUGAUGACCUGCAGCGUGAAAUGGCCUUCUACAAGCUCGCUCUCGAGGCUGUCCCCGCCGCUCGCAAGCUCGCCAACAAGUUUGGCAUCCCCUUCUCCCGCCCGAACGACUACUACGCCGAGAUGGUCAAGUCUGACGAGCACAUGGAGCGCGUGCGCACCAAGCUCGUCGAGGAGGCGCAGGGCAUCAAGAAGUCGGAGGAGGCCAAGAAGCAGCGCGAGCUCAAGAAGUACGGCAAGCAGAUCCAGGUCGAGAACCUCAAGGCGCGCGAGCAGGACAAGAAGAGCUUUGCGGACCGCGUGGCAGGCAUCAAGCGCAAGCGCAAGGACGGUGCCGAGAUCGGCGACGAGGGCGACGACGACGAGUUUGGCGUCGGGCUCGAGGACGACGAUGCGCCGCGCGGCGGUGGCCGCGGCAGUGCCGGGCGCGGACGCGGAGCAGGCGGCAAGCCCAAGAUGCCCCGCUCGGCCCGCGACGCAAAGUACUCUCUGGGUGGGUCGAGCCGCCGCGCGAAGCAGAACGACCGCGAGUCGGCCAACGACUUUGCGUCCUUUGGCAGCGAGCACAAGCGCGGAGGAGGCGGCGGCCGCGGCGGCCGUGGUGGCAAGGCUGGCGGUGCUGGUGGACGCGGCGGCAAGGCUGGCGGCGCGACGCCCAGGCCUGGCAAGAGCAAGCGCCACUCCAGGAGGAAGUAGACGGGUGCGGCAGGUGACUAGAGGGCGUGUUCAUUAUGCAUUGGAU